AGGAAGUGAGUGGUGAGCUGGUGCAGCGAGCGGCGGAUAAUGAGCAGCUGAGUUUCUGCUGUUCUUUUCAGCUUCCGAAGGGCAGGAUGGGCAGGCAGAGGAAGAGGGUGGGUGACGGGAGAAGCUGUUCCGCUUCCAGGAAAGAUGAGAAGCCCUCCGUAUUUCACCGCAAGGAGAAGAAGAAGAAAGUUGACAUUGAGCUGUUCAUCAACAUCUCCAUUGGCCUUUGCAUAUUCAGCCUCAUCUGGUUCUUCUACGCCCUCUACAUGCGAUAGCUGGCCAACCGGGUGGUGACGCUGCACCCGUCGGCCCCCGUCCUGGAUGCCAAUAGCAGCACCGCCAAGGUCCCGGAGAGAUUCUGGGGCUCUUAUCGACCUCAUGUACUUGGCAUGAAGACAAGGAGUCCAAGGUCCAUUGUUACAGGCAUGAUGUGGAUGCGUCAGUUCUCUGACUUGGACAUGAAUCUGAGGCACACUUGCGAGCAGGGGGAUCAUCUGCAAAGUUAUGGCUGGCUGAUGCAUGAUGGAAUCACCUUUGGCGUCCAGGAAAUUCGAGACAAUGACUUCACGCUCACCACAGAGUUCGUCAAGAGGAUGGGAGGGGACAACGGAGGAGACUGGACCUGGAGGAUCACCGCCAAGCAGGACAGCUCUGCGCCCCAAGCGCCCGUCAUCUCCCUGAUGUUUUACGCAGCUGCAGACACGCAGGGCUCCCUGCAGGCUCACGUGGAGGAGAGGAACCGCCUCGCCUCCAUCACGGGCUUCUCAGAGGAGCUCGGGAACUUCAAAAUUACCUUCCGAAAGCCCGUGACCGGGGAGUUAACCAGCGCUAAAUACGCCAGCUACAACUACCUUCAGACGGUUUCUCCUGGACUGGAGAAGCUGACUGACAUUGUGAAGCACAGCCUGAACCGCAGGUUCGUCUACAGCCCCCCUUCGGGCGAGAAGAGGCAUUACAUUGCCGUGGACACUUACAAGCCCCCCCACCACCAAAGCAACCGGAAACCCGCCGACGAAAGGAAAGAGAGUGACUUUGUGGUUCACCAGGUGACGGUUCAGUUGCCUUUUCAGAUCGAAGUGCUGUUCGAGUCGGGAAGCUUCCACCAUCGUCCAAACCAACUGGUGGGGUCCAUCAUGACGCAGGAGCUGGAGAAGAGGAAAUCUGAGUUUAACGCAAAGUUUGAGAAAACUUUUGGGCUUGAGAGAAAAGGCUUCAGCCAGGCACAUAUUAAAUUUGGCAAGGCAGCGCUCAGCAAUAUGUUGGGCGGAAUGGGUUACUUCUACGGCCAGUCUGUGGUGCAGUCAGUCUACAACGACUACCCACUGCUGUACCCUGAAGGGGCUCUAUUCACUGCCGUCCCCUCGCGCUCUUUCUUUCCCCGAGGAUUCCUUUGGGACGAAGGUUUUCACCAGCUUCUCCUGAGCAAGUGGGAUCCCCAAGUGACCAGGGAGGCUAUUGCCCACUGGAUAGGCCUGAUGAAUAUGGAGGGCUGGAUCCCCCGCGAGCAAAUUCUUGGAGAUGCGCGCAGCAAAGUCCCAGCUGAGUUUGUUGUUCAGCGGAACGAGAAUGCCAACCCACCUACUCUCUUCUUAGCUCUUCAGGAACUCACUGAACAGCUCUCUUCAAAUUCAGACGCUCCAGCAUCUCAGCAGACCCUGGCUUUCCUCCGGCGGCUCUUCCCCAGGCUAAAAACCUGGUUCGACUGGUACAACACCACGCAGACCGGGCCCCUGCCCAAUUCCUACCGCUGGCGUGGACGAGACAAAGACACCAAUCUGUUUCUUAAUCCCAAGACCCUGACCUCCGGGCUCGACGACUACCCGCGUGCCUCGCACCCCUCAGCAGACGAGCGGCACGUGGAUCUGCACUGCUGGAUGGCCCUGUCUUCCGGCAUCAUGGCGAGAAUCGCUCAGCUUCUGGACGAGCCCCACGGGGACUACGAGCGCACGCACACCGUGCUCAGCGACAACAGCCUGCUGAACGAACUGCACUGGUCCGAACAACUGCGUGCCUUCAGCGACUUCGGCAACCACACGCAGGCCGUGUCCCUGCAGCAGGAGAAAGUCUACGUCCCUCCCGGACAGCCUCGCCACCAGUUCCCCGUGGCGCGGCUCGUGCGCGCCGUCCGCAGGGCGCCCAAACUGCAGUACGUCAACGCCAUGGGCUACGUCAGCCUGUUCCCCUUCUUGCUGCACCUCCUGCAGCCCGACUCGCCCAAGCUGGAGCACAUCCUCCGAGACAUGAGGGACUCCAAUAAGCUGUGGACACCCUACGGCCUGCGCUCGCUCUCCAAGGCCGACCCCCUGUACAUGAAACGAAACACUGAACACGACGCCCCCUACUAGGGAGCAGUAUGGAUUAAUAUCAACUACUUGGCGGUGAGAGCCCUCCACCACUACAGUAGUUCAGAAGGGCCGUACCAAGAGAAGGCAGCUCUUCUGUAUGAGGAACUCAGGACUAACAUUAUCAAUAACGUUUACAGACAGUAUGUGGAAACGGGUUAUAUCUGGGAACAGUACAAUGACGGCACCGGGAGGGGCCAAGGAAGCCACCCCUUCACCGGCUGGUCGUCCCUGACAGUGUUAAUGAUGGCCGAACAGUACUGAGUCAGGACAUUUAAUAUUAUGGUUUCUAAGAUAUUGGGGUUCAUUCAUCAGGAAGUGGUAAGUUACAUGGAGUGUUAUGACAUAGUAAAUGUAAUCUGGCUGACUACACAAGAUCACCACAGAUUAUCUUUUAUGAUCACAUUUCCUCUUCAUUAAGCAUUUAAUUAGAAAUAGCAGGUUUCCCACACUUAUUCAGACAAGUUUCAAAGCAGCUCCCCUCUCUUUAUGUGGAGCCAACUACUGCCUUAGUUACAUAGUUGGGAUGUAUUUUACACAGUGAAAUUAUACUUGUGGUAUUUUCACUUGUCCUGUCUGAUAUAUUAAAUUGAGAAAAAAACCAACAUUUAACCAACCCCUCAAAAAAAGAAAAAAAAAAAGGAUUCAAGCUUUUGUGAUAA